AUGGGCAGAGAUGAAUUUGCUAGGAUUCUUAUUGAUGUUGAUACAUCAAAACGUGUUCCAGAUUCUGUUGUGGUGAAUAUGCCAAAUGGGAAUUCUUUUAGGCAGAAAGUCACCUUUGAACUCAAUCCAUGUUAUUGCACCAAGUGCAAAAGCAAUGAUCACCUUAUGGAUGAAUGCACCGGGAAAAAGCCUUGGACUAAAAAGAGAAACAAAAAGGGCAAAGCUGCAAAAUGGGUUGCAACCAAGGCAUCAAGUCCGAACAACUCCGUCUAUAAGGGACAAGAUUCUCUAGGCGCUGCUUCGGAAUAUCAUACUAAUAUCCAGGAGCCGUGCCCCCAAACAAAUGACGCUCCCAAUCCUUGCACCGAUUUACCUUGCCAAUCAAUGCAUCCCGAGCCUUGUCCUGAGGCAAUGGAGGCAGUAGAGCCUUGCUCUGAUUUACCGUCUAAUAUCGAUUCUAUUCCAGAGAUUGAGGAUCAAAGGCCAGAUAAUGCCUCAUCAGAUGAGGCUGCAAAACAAACCGAAGAGGAUACCCAAUCCGUGACAGGUGAGGGUAAGGAACGAGAUGGUACUUCCUCUUUAGAUGGGACUGAAUCUUUAGAUGCAGAACAAGGAGAUCAACCAGAUGAUAGAAGCAAGCAACCCAAUGCUCCAGAUACCAGUGGGAUGAGUACAAGGAGCAAGGCAAAAGCAGGACCAAAGACAAGUUUUAAAAAUGCACUUCUAUCCCCUCCAAAAGACAAGGGUACAGCUGGAGGUAGCCGUGCUGGAAAUCGUUUUGUUUCCCUGCCAGUGGGGGUUUAUGGACUCUAUUCCGUAGUGGAAAGAAGAUUGUUAUGGGAGAAACUCAUCUCCCUUGGACCUCUUCAAUCAGUUCCUUGGAUGAUUAGGGGAGACUUUAAUGUGGUGAAAGACCCAGAAGAGAAGCGAGGAGGACAAAUCCCGACAAGUUAUAUGACUAGAGAUUUUGUGGAAUGCUAUCAUUGCCCAAUGGUUGUUAAGCUUUUUAACAAUUCCGGUGGUGGGAAUAGGCCGUUCAAAUUCCUUAACAUGUGGAUCACUCACCCCAACUUUCAAUCUAUAUUGGAGGAAAGAUGGGGCAGUAUCGUUAGGGGAUCCAAGCAAUAUAUCCUUGCUAUAAGAUUGAAAGCUUUCAAAAGGCCCCUUAGAGAGUUGAACAAGUUGGAAUUCGGGCACAUCUCUGAAAAGGCCAAGAGAGCAAAUGAGGAAUUCCAAGCUUUCAUCCAGAAUUUUGAAGUUGAAUCUGCCCGAGAUGAGGAUCGUGAAAGACUCAAGAGUCUAAGGGAGCAUGCUUGUUUUUUGGCUGAGGCAGAACGUUUAUAUUUCUGUCAAAAGCUAAAAACCAAACACUUACUUCAUGCCGACAAAGGUUCCAAGUAUUUUCAUGACUUGAUUCGUAAGAAACAUCGGGACGGGGCAAUCAAUUUUGUUCUUGAUCAUAAUGGUGAGCCAACGACAUCAAUUGACCAAGUUGGUGCCCUAUUUGUCAAUCAUUUCCAGCAGCUGUUUGGGCAGGCAAGGGACCGUAGAAGCUGGCCAGAUGGAUAUUCAUCAGCGUUUUUCAAGAAAAAUUGGAGAUUUCUCAAGGACGAAAUAAUCGGUGCCGUCAUGGAAUUCUUCAGAACUGGCAUUCUGCUCAAGCAAUUGAAUCAUACAGUAGUUGCAUUGAUUCCCAAGAACUUACAAGCCCAAUUCGUGGGGGAUUUUAGACCAAUCUCUUGCUGCAAUGUUUUCUAUAAAACCAUUGCGAAAGUCCAUGCAAAGAGAUUGAGUGAUGUGUUACCAUCUAUCAUUGAUCCAGCUCAAGGGGCCUUUGUGGGAGGAAGAAAUAUGUCAGACAACAUUUUCCUUGCACAAGAAUUAAUUCGUGGCUACUCCAGGAAGAGGAUUUCUCCGAGAUGCAUGAUUAAAGUUGAUCUCAAAAAGGCAUAUGACACCAUUGAUUGGGAUUUCAUUAAGGAGGCGUUGGAGGGUCUUCGCUUCCCAACAAAAUUCAUUGAUUGGAUCAUGGAAUGUGUAAGCUCAACAUCAUUCUCAAUUUCAGUUAAUGGCUGCCUUUAUGGACAUUUUGAUGGGAAAAGAGGCCUGCGACAGGGGGAUCCAAUAUCCCCUCUCAUCUUUACCAUUUGCAUUGAGUACUUCUCACGGGUACUCAAAACUAAGGCUCACAGCCCACUUUUCACCUUUCAUCCGAAAUGCUCCCAAUUGGGUAUUACACACCUCGCCUUUGCAGAUGAUUUAAUGCUUUUCUCAAAAGGAAAUCCAGCAUCGGUCACCAUCCUCCUUAAUGCUCUAAAGGAGUUGGAAGAAACUUCGGGGUUAACUGUUAGCAUUGAAAAAUCUAACAUCUUUGUAGCAGGGAUCCGGGAUAAUAGACUGGAUUUUUCAGGAAUGCCAAAAGGCCAACUCCCGGUAAAAUACCUGGGCAUUCCUCUUGAUGGGCAGAGGCUCAAAGUUGCUCAAUUUUCCCCCCUCAUUACAGCAAUCACUCGGUUAAUCGAAAAAUGGAAGGGAUGCACCUUGUCAUAUGCUGGACGACUUGAGCUCAUAAUUUCAGUAAUCCAAGGUACUAUUAGUUUUUGGAUUCAAAAUUUUCCCCUUCCUGCUAAUGUAAUAUUUCUUUGGGGACGGCGAGUUUCCCUAAUCACUUGGGAUAAGAUUUGCUUUCCAAAGGAAGAAGGAGGGCUUGGCAUCCAUGAUUUUAAAGUUUGGAACACAUCCUUCUUCUCAAAGGUUUUGUGGGACAUACACUCCAAGAGGGACUCGCUUUGGAUCCGUUGGGUAAAUUCUGUCUAUCUAAAUGGUAAUGAUGUUUGGGAGUUCUGCCUAAAUAAGAGGGACUCUGCGUUAUUCAAGAAGAUUUUUGAAGCCCGAGACAAGAUCUCACUGGCCAAGGGAGGAGUGCAAAAUGCAAAGGAAUUCCUUCAUAACUCUGUGAACAACAACAAGUUUCAGGUUUCACAGAUCUAUGACCUUCUUCGAGAGAAAUCUCAACCAGCUUUUGCAUGGAGAUUUGUAUGGAGAUCUUACAUUCCCCGCAAAUUUUCAUUUAUCACAUGGCUUGCCGUUCAUCAAAGAAUACCAACAAAGGAUAGACUUGCUUUUCUUGACAUCAAUACCGACUGUUCAAUGUGUGUGGGUGAUAAAGAAACGGCUCAACACCUCUUCUUUAAAUGCCCCUUUUCAUUACAAGUUUGGAAUCAAGUCCGGAUGCAUUUUGGGUUUCACAAAUGCACGAAUGCAAUCAAGAGCUCAAUCAAGUGGAUCAACAGAUUGCACGGAGGAGCACGCUUGCGUUCGAAGGCAAUUACCAUUGCUCUUAUUUGCACAAUUUAUCACUUAUGGAGAAACCGAAAUAGAGUUCACCACGAUGAAGAUCGGUUGCCCAUCGAUGGCCUAGUGAAAAACAUCGCCAAAGACGUGUACCGAGUCAUCUUCUACCUUUAUCCCAUUACAUAA